AGGGAAGGAAGGAAGGGCCGGCCCGGCGGCUCGGGGGUCCCGGCGGCGCCUGCGUGGCCCUGCCCGGGCGGGGCAGCUCGGCCCGGCCCGGCUCGGCUCAGCUUGGCCCGGCUCGGUUCAGCUGAGCUCGGCCCGUGGCUGCCCCGCCCCUGCGGUGCGGCGGGCGCUCCCGGCCCCGCGGCGCCGCUCCCGCCGAUGCUAUGCCAAAGCCAGAGGUGUCCGCAUCCUACCAGGAGAAAUUCCAACAAUUGCAAGUUGAGAGCAUGUUUGGAAAUUGAACCACUGUUUUAACUACACAGCUAAGUGAAGAUGUGGAGCGAGUAUCUGAAAAUCCAACAGAGGGGAGAGAAGGAGAAAUGGAAGUUAAUGAAGAUUCCAGCUCUGCUAUUUUACCAGAUGGUGAACUGGGUACCACUACCCCUUUUUUGCGUUUCAGCAAGACCUGCCUAAAGAAUGUUUUUUCAGUAAUUCUCCUGUUUAUUUAUCUACUGCUCAUGGCUGUAGCUGUGUUCCUUGUCUACCAAACCAUCAGUGACUUCAGGGAGAAGCUCAAGCACCCAGUGAUGUCUGUCACUUACAAGGAAGUGUCCUUGUAUGAUGCACCUGGUAUUGCCUUUUACCCAGGCAAGGCUCGGCUGCUCAGCUGCAAGCAUCAUUACUACGAUCACAUUCCCCCUCUGAUAAAUCCAGGUCAGCCAGGAGACAUUGAAUGCACCACUCAGAGGAUCAACUACACAGAUCCUUUUACUAAUCAAACUAUGAAGUAUGCUUUGGUUGUUCAAGGCCCUCGUGAUGUGAAGAAAAGGGAACUGGUGUUUUUGCAGUUCCAUUUAAAUGAAACAGACCAAGAUUUCAGUGCCAUUGACUACCUGCUGUUUUCUUCUUUCCAAGAGUUUGUCAGCAGUCCAGAAAAAGCAAAAUUUAUGAAGGACUGUGAAAGCUCCUACUCCAGCUGGAAGUUUUCUGGAGGCUUCCGAACUUGGGUCAAGAUGUCCUUGGUCAAAACAAAAGAAGAAGAUGGCAGUGAGACUGUUGAAUUCAAACAAGAGACCAGUGUGGUUAACUACAUUGACCAGAGAACUCAACCAAGGAGUGACCAGCUGUUCUUUGUGGUGUUUGAAUGGAAAGAUCCUUUCAUACAGACUGUUCAGGACAUUAUCACAGCAAAUCCCUGGAACAUGAUUGCUCUUCUUUGUGGAAUCUUUCUGGCCCUCUUCAAGGCAGCAGACUUUGCCAAGUUAAGUGUUAAGUGGAUGAUCAAAAUCCGAAGAAGGCAUCUGAAGAGGACUCGUCAAGUAACAAACCACAUAAGCUGAGACUGCCUUUUAACUGUUCAUAGCAGGAGGGAUAGAAAAUAACUGGAAUAAACUGCAAUCAGCAAUUAAAGCUGAAAACCAGGUAUGUUUCCUUCCAGAGAGAUGCUGGCUGGAAGAACAGCCUAGUGAACUGGCUUGGAACUGCAGAAGGAGCUGACUCUAGGUCUAACAAACUCACGCUUUUCUAGUCCAAGUUUAACAAGUUUACCUCGGUGUAUGGGGGAACCAGGGGGAAAGGAGGGAACUCACUAAUGUUCAGAAAGUCAUCACUGUAGUAAAUUGUGAAGAAGUGGACAGUGUUUGAACAUUUCUCAGCCAGACCGUUUAGUUUCUGCAUCAGCUGUGAGCUGCUCGUGUGGCACAGCCACUGCCUUGAUGGCACUCAGUGGAAGGUAAAGGACUCUGAAAACAUCCUGGCCUCUCUUCUCCAAAGUAUGUUUUGAAACAAAAUACACUGGAAUUCUACUACAUGUCAUCUUUAAAUCAAAGUACGACGACUUUAAUAUUAAAGAAAUACUUCAAGUAA